AGGAUUAUGAGUUAUGUAUCUGAUUAUUGAUGGGAGGAUAUCCAUUGCUGCUAACCUCUAUCUUUCAUGUGCUUCAAUGCAGAGAUAUAAACCUGGUUACACUGUCCCAUUGCGCUCCUCAGAAGCAAUUUGCAAUGCAAUGGCAAACACAAGCGAGGGCUUGGUGGUUUCUACCAAUCCUAGAGAGCUGCACUCACCUGAUUUCACGAUAGAAGAUGUGGAGCUCCUCCUGGAGGCUGAAUUUGAUGAGUAUAACAAUGAAACUAAUAAUGACAAUGAAGGAGCUGCUACCUCGAAGAAAGCAGCUUUAAUUCUGAUGUUGGGAGUGCUGAUACCAUGCUACAUUAUAACAUUUGUUGUCCAUUACUGGACUGGCUGCAAGCAGGGAUACGAUACAAGUCAGGUCACGGAGCCUGAAUCGGAAAUUGUGAUAAGAGUCACAGGAAGACAACUCAUCCAGCUGCUGUUCUUAUUAUUAAUAGCAAUAGCAUCAACAUCUAAGACCCUCCUUACAAAGUACUAAAUCUUGGUCUUAGGAGUAGAAAAAAGCUGUUCUAGAAACUUUGUGUGUGUGUGUGUCUACAGUAUGAUAAUGCAGUACAUUUGUAUGUUUCCCACUUCUGUCCUAUAUAUCUUGUGUAAUAGUUGAUAAAUACUUGAUGUAGCU